UGAAAGUCGAAGGUAAAUACAACUGUGGAGCAAAUGACUCAUUACAAAACACAAUUAAUUGGGAGAGGGGAAAAAAAGGGUUUGGUGCCUGAAGGUGAAAGGAAAGAGUCCUCCUCCCUCCCUGGUUCCUUCCAUGCGUUCCCUCCUUCCCAUCUACUCUGUCUGAUUCAGUCUGAAAACGGUUUGCCCAAUCCAACCACCUCCGAAUUGAAAUCCCUAAUUCCCAAUUCUCUUCUCACUCUGAUCUCGGAUUCUUCCACCUUCUUCACCCCACAUCAAAGUUCCGUCCUGUUUCCGAAAGUUUCACCACUGUCGGCGGAGGAUUUUCCAGAUUCAGAUCAACAGUAUAUUCAUGCCGGACCCGUCGCGUACAUUCUCGGUGCAUCAACCAAUCGCGGCCUCGGAUACUCUCUUCUCUGGUAUUUGCUCUGUUACUGGCAUUUCGAUUUCCCGGGUUUAACUUACUAAUCGGGCUACCGGUGGUAAAUAAGAGGAUUUCCGUUUUUUUAUGUUUGAGUUUAGUUUUGGGGUUGGCAUUUGCGCUCAUGUGAGAGCAGUUCACUCGUCCGGAUAGUGCGAUCCGGAUUGGAAACUCAUCUGUGUGGUUUAUCGCCCCACCGGGAAAAUCCUCGUUGGUUGUCUCUUGUUUCCGGGGCUAAGUUGUGGUGAUGCUACGAGUAGCGUUUCGUUAGUGGUAUCAGUUCGUCUGAGUGGACGGCCUGCAAUGCGAUGAAACGGAGGAAUCCGGCACUAGAAUAUUCUCGUAUUCUGAUUGAGCAAGGAUGGUGUUUGGUAAAAUAGCAGCUGCGGUUUCUGCUGCUAGUAGUCGCCUCUCUUUUUCAGGACCGAACUCUGCUUCUGUCCCAUACAUGUCAACUGGGCUAUCUCCCCCUCCAACAGAGGCCGUCGUCGAUCAUGGAUUUUCUUUCUCGAACACUGCACAAAACAAGGCCAAUUUGAGGCUCUCUUCAUCACUGCAAGACUUGUCAUCAUAUAGGCGACUCGACCCCGAGGAAGGGGACCCUCUGAAGUUGGGGGUUGAUAAGAAUAUUCGCUUGUUACAGAGGGAGAAUGCUACUGCUGCAAGUUUCUCAAAGGAGAGAGGACUGCCACCUGCAACUCCUUUUCUACGGAGGAAAUGGGUCCGGUCGCUGUUGGUCUUCUUGUGCCUGUUAUCAUUUACUUUCUUAACUUAUUUGAUUGCCAUUUACGCUUAUUCUUAUUGGUCUCAAGGAUCAUCCAAGUUCUAUGUUGUUCUUGACUGUGGAAGUACUGGAACUCGUGUGUUCGUAUAUCAGGCAUCCAUUGAUAACAAAAAAGACGGUAACUUACCCAUUUUGGUAAAGUCUUUUUCCGAAGGUGUUUCUCGAAAGCCAACUGGACGUGCAUAUGAUCGAAUGGAAACUGAACCUGGGCUUCAUAUGUUGGUGCAUAAUACAUCUGGCUUAAAGUCUGCUCUAAAACCACUUGUUAAGUGGGCCCAGAAGCAAAUUCCAGUGGAGGCACAUCAGUCUACCUCACUUUUCCUUUAUGCUACUGCUGGGGUAAGAAGGCUUCCUAUAUCAGAUUCGAAAUGGCUGCUAGAUAAAGCAUGGUCGAUACUCAACGAAUCUCCUUUCUUGUGUCAAAGGGAAUGGAUUAAGAUUAUCAGUGGCAUGGAAGAAGCUUACUUUGGAUGGAUAGCCUUAAAUUAUAGAACUGAGGUACUGGGAGCAAGUCCGAAGAAGCCAACAUUUGGUGCUCUUGACCUGGGGGGCUCAUCUUUGCAGGUCACUUUCGAGGGUAAUAAACAAUUUCGCAACCAGACUAACUUAAACCUUAGAAUUGGAGCUGUCAAUCAUCGCCUCAGUGCCUAUUCUCUCGCAGGGUAUGGUUUAAAUGAUGCAUUCGACAAGUCCGUUGUCCAUAUCCUAAAGAGGCUUCCAAAUGUUGAUUUACUGAGUAAGAAAACAGAAAUUAAGCAUCCUUGCCUGCAUUCUGGCUACAAGGAGGAAUAUCAAUGUUCCCACUGUGUGUCUGACAAACAAGAUGGUGUUAGUCCUGUUAUCAGAGGAAGACUGCUUCGCAAGGCAGUGAAGUCAGGAGUGACUAUUAAGCUAAUUGGUGCUCCAAACUGGGAGGAAUGCAGUGCUCUUGCAAAAAUCGUUGUUAAUUUAUCGGAGUGGUCAAAUAAAAGUCCAGCACUAGACUGUGACUUGCAACCCUGUGCUCUCCCCGAGGAUUUACCUCGCCCUUCUGGCCAGUUCUAUGCUAUGUCUGGGUUUUUUGUGGUAUAUCGUUUUUUCAACCUUUCUGCAGAAGCUUCCCUCGACGAUGUAUUGGAAAAGGGUCGAGAAUUCUGUGAAAGGAAUUGGAAAGAUGCAAAAAGUAAUGUUCCUCCACAGCCCUUUAUUGAACAAUACUGCUUUCGGGGACCAUACGUAGUAUCAUUGUUGAGAGAGGGCUUACACAUCACAGAUAGUCAAAUUGUUAUCGGUUCUGGUAGUAUAACUUGGACACUUGGGGUUGCAUUGUUGGAAGCUGGGAGAACAUUUUCAACUAGACUACGGCUUCAUAAGUAUGAAAUAUUCCAUAUGAAGAUACAUCCAAUUGUUCUCGUUGCCAUUUUGCUUAUGUCACUGGUCUUGCUCCUAUGUGCAUUAUCUUGUGUUAGCAACUGGAUUCCGAGGUUUUUCCGGCGACCAUAUCUUCCACUUUUCAGGCAUAACAAUGCAUCUGCCACAUCUGUUCUCAACAUCCCGUCCCCCUUCCGUUUUCAGCGUUGGAGUCCUAUCAAUACUGGUGAUGGAAGAGUGAAGAUGCCAUUGAGUCCAACAGUAGCAAGUGGGCAACAUCGACCAUUUGGAUUGGGACAUGGUCUGGGUGGGAGUGGGAUCCAACUCAUGGAACCUGCCAUAUACACAGCGAGUGGCAGUGUUUCGCAUAGUUAUUCCUCCAGCAGCUUAGGGCAGAUGGUUGAGAAUAGUAACAUGGCUUCCUUCUGGCCCCCUCACAGAAGUCAGAUGCGCCUUCAGAGCAGAAGAUCUCAAUCCAGAGAAGACCUCACUUCGUCCGUCGCUGAUGCACAUAUGGUGAAGGUUUAGGUCACCUGUCCCUUGAGAUCAAUGGUAAGGAGAAAAGGAAACAACUGGUUGCUGUAGAGGAGAUUGACUCUGAUACACUAAUCCAUCUGUAUUCUGACCUCUGAUUUCCUACAGAUCUUGGUCUGCAUUGACUGACCUUCACACUUGUUAACUCGGUCACCCGUGCAGGAUAAGUGCCCAACUCUUUGGUGAAGGAAGCUAGCUUGUUGGCACUAUUGCAGAAAUUUUUGACAGGUGCUUGCAGUAACCUUCCUAUUUUGUUUCCCCCGCAAAACCCCUAGUUCUAUUUUACUUGCUUAUUUGGCAACAUGUUCCCCACAUGUAAGAUGGUCCUCAUUCUGGGGGAGCGACAGGGCAUUCAUUCCAGUCUUUCUGGGUCUGUUUUAGACUUGAGUUAGAUAUGCAGGGGCAAAAGAAAGUUAAGGGUAGUGGGUUUACUUGUUUUAGCAGAAAAGGAAUAGACAAGGUGGUAAGAGGUACGCAAUGCAUGUAGUUCUUUUUGUCAAACUUUUAGAUACAUAGUGUUAGAAAUUGCUGAAAUCAUUUGGUUGGCUGAAAUUGGGUGAGCGAAAUUUGCAAUUGAACAAAUACAUCUUAUUUCA